GACGGCCGAGAGUCAACACAGCGCUUGCUCCGUUGCUCAAGGUGGUCGUCAGCUGUUUUACCUCAAUUUCCGGGGUACUUUAUGCUGCAGUGCUCCUUUACUCUCAUUUCUUCGUUCUCUUACUCUCAUUUCCUGGUGCCGAACCGCCUCUUGUUCUUAAAAAUGGGUUAGGAGGAUUUUCGUUGGAGUGAGCAGGGUGAUGUUAUGGAGAUGAACUGAAACGACAAGGGAAAAAUUGGAUAAUACCAAAUAUCGCCCAAAAGAAUUGCAGAUUUGCAAGGAAAUAAGCUUCCUUGAUCGUGGCAUUGCACUCAGAAGCGUUACGUCGGUUUCGUUAGAGGUAGCAGGCUGCAACAUGACAGCGACAACAAAUGAAAGGGGGGGUGGAUUCUUGCGCACACGCCUGCGAUCAGCGCUCCACACUUCCAAUGAUCUCCUCUCAGGCAUCUCCUCGAACAUUUCCUCGCGGCUGUCGGCCUUCUCGGUAGCCUCUGCAAACUCCAAUGCCUCCUCAGAGCGCACGCCACCAGCGGGAGAGAAGGUCCGGCCAGAGACACCUCCUCUCCAGCUCCCUCCAAGCCCAGAGGACAGCCACCGCUCCCCAACCAUGAAAGAGAUGAUUAAGGAGACCUUCAAACUAGAGAACUUAAGGGAACUGCCAACUUUGGAGGAAUUCAUGCAGUCAGAAUCAUCUUCAGAGCCUUCAACACUACCGACUGACACGCCAGAAUCACCCAAGACAGGUUUCCGUUACCAUUUCAAUAAUUUCAACCAAGCUAUACCAAAAAAGCUUGUUGACUAUAAGCAACUAGCGAUAAGGACUUUGAGUGGGGACACACAAGUAGAAGGUGAAGCAAGUGGCCAAGAAGAGCUGAAAGGCUGUGCCAUCAAUGUGGAGUGUGUUGACGAUGAAGCUGCACAAAAGGAAGAGGAAGGCGAUGAAGCUAGAGAUGUCGUGGAAAAAGCCAGCACUUGUCUUUCAUCAAGAUCUUUCAAUUCUAUGCACUCACUGUAUGCGACUGGUCCGGACCCCUAUGACAAAUUGAGAUACAAACCAGACAUUAUUAGCAGCGGCACACCAAGUGAUGGGGAGGGCCUUGGUCAUUCCACCAGCCUGGACUCUUCAGAUUCUGACCCACACAAAAAGCUUUGGAUCAGAUCAGGUUCACAGACAUCCUUGCAGUCAUGGGCUUCCAGUCUCUCAUAUGACAGCCAAGCAGAUGACGUCAAUGAACCCAAGGAAUUUAUGCGGAAAUUUGUUGAGGAAGUGUUCAAGAUGCCGCAUGUUAUUGAUGUAGACAAGAAAGCACGAUUUGGGGAGCUAGCACAGACUGAACAAGGGCGUCUUUGGUUUGCUCGAUGUAUCAAUGCUAAGCGCUGCUGUAAGUGUGUCACUGAAGCUUCUUUCUUCUCUCUUGUCCAACAUUUUUCUGUAAUGUUGUUUGAGUGCUGUGAAGCUGAAGACUUCUCACCAGCCAAAAGUCUCAUGAAUAUGUGCUUUACAUACUAUCAUGAAGCCACAACACCAGGAGGCCAGAAUAGAAACAAAGAGUUCUUGUAUACUUAUCUCCGACAACAACCAAUCUGGCGAUCUCUACGCUUCUGGAAUGCUGCCUUCUUUGAUGCCCUACAGUGUGAGCGUUCUCUGCGACCAGUUGUGACCCGAGAGGAAGUGGAAAGUAAUAGAUUACAGGCUGUUACAGAUGAGCUUCACUACCAGGAAAACAUUACUUUUGGUCAACUAGGAACCUUCACCUGCAACAUGCAUGCCUUUGGCCUGUCCAAGGAAAUGGUGAAUGAAUUUCUCCGGAAGCAGGUCACUAUUGCUAGUCUACGACCCGACCAAGUCAAGUUGCUACGUGACAAUGUGGAGAGAAUGUAUAGUGGGAAGCAGGAAUGGCGUGAUCAUCAUGUGAUUGUAGUAUUAGUAUCAUUGGCAAAGUUUGUCUGUAUGAUUUAAAGAAACCUUUCCCAAAGUCAGUAUUUGAAAUGUGAACUUUGAUAGUUUUUGUACUGUUAUGUUCAGGUUUAAUAUGGCUUACAUAAUAAACAGGAUGUUUAUGUUUAUCUAUGUGUGAGGAUUAUUGAGUGAGCAUGUCCUCCUGUUCUUCAUAAAGAAUGGACUGGUUAUAGGUUCUGUCAUAUAGAUGAAUAUAUAUUAUUGAAUACAGGAAGUUAUUGAGUAUUAGAAAGCAUUUAUUGUUGUGUAUACAUUUUGAAGAUUAUUAUGGUUGUGUGCAUUAAAAUCAUGUAUUUAUUUCUGCCAUUUUGAUGAUGCAUUGGUGAAACAGUGUAUUGCAGUUAUACAUGUUUUAAUAUGAAUGAUGAACAGAGUUAGAUUGACAAAACAUACGAUCAGUUACCCAACGAAACUGUAAUCUGAUUGGUUACUUAGUCUUAUCCUAUCUUCUAACUGUCCUACCAUCUAUGGUUUGUGUGCCUGAAUAUUGAAGCUUGUGUGCCAAGACCACAAAAAAUAUCUGAGGAAGGAAAUCAAACUCUUGUGAUGUAGUAGAAAUCAAAUUUGUUUGAGAAAUUUAUGACACUGAUGUGAAUAAAUUGAGUGUAUUGAAAGAUAUGGUUUGAAGAUUAUGUAGACUGUGACAAAUAUGCAGGUUGGUACAUAUAUAACUUCUUGAUUCUUAAUUAAAAAUUAUUUCUCUUAUCA